AUGCUGUUUCACCUUGUUCCUUGCAGUCAGGACAGUUCAAUGAGGACAUGAUCCCCACGGUGGGUUUCAACAUGAGGAAGAUCACCAAAGGGAACGUUACCAUAAAGCUCUGGGACAUCGGGGGGCAGCCACGGUUCCGCAGCAUGUGGGAGCGAUACUGCCGCGGAGUGAGUGCCAUUGUGUACAUGGUGGAUGCUGCUGACCAGGAGAAGAUAGAGGCCUCCAAGAACGAACUGCACAACCUGCUUGACAAGCCGCAGCUCCAGGGCAUCCCGGUCCUCGUCCUGGGGAACAAGCGGGACCUGCCCGGUGCCUUGGAUGAGAAGGAGCUCAUUGAGAAGAUGAACCUCUCUGCCAUCCAGGACCGAGAGAUCUGUUGCUAUUCCAUCUCCUGCAAAGAAAAGGACAACAUUGACAUCACCCUACAGUGGCUUAUCCAGCACUCGAAGUCCAGGCGAAGCUGAGGUCCCGCGGGCCUGGCUCGGAUUGGGAAGAUGCCAUUGUACAAGCCCGUGCCCCUCUCUCCUGCUCUGUCCCUCCAGCUCUCUCUCUAGAUGGGUAUUUUUAGGGGACCCCAGACUCUGCUCACAUUGGGGCAGAGUCCUUGUUUUUAUUGUAAAGGAGAUGUCUGACUGCCCUCCUCUUCCCCUCUCCUCUCCUCCCCCCUCUCUUCCUCCAUUUUGGCACUGUUCUGUUGUUGUCUGUGUAUACAGUAUAUAUAUAUGUAUAUAUAUUUUAAUUUUUUAAUUUAAGGGAUAGUGCUGUUAUUAAAUUGGGCCCUGUGAGCGGUAGGAAAGCUGGGGCUCCCCAAGGUCAGCCAAUGGGUCAGCGCUGGGAGGAGGAGGAGGGUGGUAGCAGAAGGCAGCCCUUGGGGAUGGGGCUGUGCCAGCUGCAGGGCACAGGGCAGGUCCCCUGGGGCUCUGUCUUCCCUUCCCUGGGUGUCCUGCUGCUGCCUCCAGGCAGAGACCACCCUGGGGGUGUCAGGGGUGCCCACCUUGCCCUGCCUGCCUCGGGUGUGGCAGGGGGAGGGCGUGUCAAUGCCACCAUAGGCUCCUCACCCCUCCAGGGGACAGGGAUUAACCACAAGCCACUGCCAUCAUCCUCCUCCUACUGCCUCCUCUUCCCCAUCUGCCCUCUGGGGCCCAGGGCCACUUGUCCCCCGGCCCCACGUGUCCCCCGCUCUUGUGCCUGGGCCGAAUCCUGCCCACUGCCCAGUCUGGCUGCUCAGGGGAUGAUCUGGGGCACUGGUACCAGUGCUGGGGGCCCAGCAAUGCCAGCAGCCCCUGGGGGAGCUGGGGGCUGGCACCUGCCUCCCCCCUGCCCAGGGCUGGCUCAGCCCCAUGGAACCUCUCAGGACAGCUGUGCUGGCUCCCCACGUGCCAAGUGGCAUCGCCUGUGCCCAGCUGGGGCUGCUGGCUCUGCCCUGGCCAGGGACAUCCCUUGGGAUGCCAGAGAGGGGGGGACACAUGAAGGCACCUGGAGACACGCUCAGAGCAUCUGUGCACCCUCAGUGCUGCUCACCAGAGCCAGGGGCUGUGUGCUGUGCCUGCUCCCCAUUCCCUGCUCCCCAUGCUUGCACUGCAGUCCUGCUCCUCGUGCUCUGCUCCCUGGGCCUGCUCCCCAUGCCCUGCUCCCCAUUCCCUGCUCCCCAUGCCACCCCCUGCCCUGCUGCCCUGGCUGGGAGGCACGGGAGCCUUGGGGCAAGGGGCAGCAGCUGGUCAGGUGUGUGUCUGCGCAGGAUGGAGGACUGUGGUGGUCCUGUGCCAUGUCUGUGCCAUUGGCUGGGGCUCUGAGGUGCAGCCUGGGGGCCUGGCCAGGUUGUUUGGGGCCAGUUUUGGGGGGCUGGGCUGGCACUGGAGGGAGGGUGUGCAGGGGGAAGCAGCUGCCGGUCCCAGCACAGGGCUGGGGCAUAGGGUGGGGAUGGCCAGGGGGCUGCAGGGCCCCUCUCAGCCUCUUCCCACUCAGCUCCAGAGUGUCAGGCCAGGAACUUACCUUCUGUUCUUGUUUUUGCAGAAUUGCACAAAGAGAGGUUUCUUUUAAUUUUUUGUUUUUUGUUUUUUUUUUAAUUUAAUGACUUGUAAAGUGUUGUCGCCCCCCCCACCCCCCCUCUUUUUUUUUUUGUAAGAGAUAUUUUGACUCGGAUUUGACCUCUGUUGGGAAAUGAUUCUUGUAACUGUACAAUUUUUUUGCCUCCUAAUAAUAAAUUAACAAUUUUGCGUUG